CCCCUCUGAGACAACUAUAGCGACACCCCCCCCUUCCUUUGAGAUGUCAAGCGAUAAAACUUUUUUUUCUUCCACUAGGGCUAGUGCUGGCUUGCUACAAAAUACAGGGCCCUCGAGAUAUCCGCGUCUAAAGCCAAGCGUGCAUCUCCUCUGCUAUUCCACUUCUAAUUUCUAAUUAUCACCAACUUCGAUCUACCGCAAUUAUAAUCAGUCUAAAGGGGAUUAUAUCGAUAAAAUGGACGACCCGUUAUGGACAUGGCCAGCCUGGAAAUUCGGCAUGAAACAAGAGGAUUUGUUUACCAAGCUCCACGACCAGUACAAUACCUACACGAUCCCCAUCCAAGAUGCUGAAGCUUUUUAUUGUGACAUAGCCGAAAUAUCUUACAAAGCGCAGUCGACAGCCGAAUUUCACUAUUUAGCUAACUAUCGCAGACAACAACGUCUCUCCGAAUUAAAUAAAUCUCUUGAAUCCGCAAGUCUUGAAAUCAUUGGAAACCCAAAGCUUAUCAAGAUGCCUCAGUGGGAACAUGCAGUCCGGCUCUUCCAAACAAACUCUUUGGACUCCCUCGUCCGAUACUUCGCUUCUUACCUCCCCACCGACCACAUUUGGCAUCCGCCAUGCCAAGAUUCAGCCCUUGCCGCCACUCACGCUUUUUCCACUUCUCCUUUACCGAAAAGACGGUGCAAGCGCCACAAAACGAAUGAGGCGGUCGGCUCCGGGAGACAGACCUUGGUGUCGUCGUCGAUGGAGCUUGGCCGCCUUCCAGCGAAAGACCAACUUCUGGCGUCCGACAAAGCCUUGGAAUCUACUUGUCCUGCUGCAUUUUCCUCAUUUUCAGAAAGGGCCAUUAAGCAUACUCGACCCCAUGAACACAGCUCCUACAUCAGCCAUGGGGUAGCCGUGUUGACUUCUGGUGAUGGCAUGUCGACCAUGUCAGAUUUCGAUACAUUUACAAGAGCUCAGUACAGGAUUAAAAAUACACUCAACGAGACAGUACGACUUGACAAGAGAUUAUCUACUAAAAUAUCUCUCAAGCAGGUUGACCUUGCAAGCAAGCAUUCGGGAGGUCAGAGAGUGCGUUGUGUUGAUUCACAAGUGAGCGCAUUCCCUGAGACAUUGAUAUCUUCACCCCCAGAUUUAUCACUUCCAGUGUCUUUACAGAUUCCAGUCGCAUCAGAUGGCAUUAUUCAAGUUUCUGCUGGCGUUACCGUGGGAUUGAAGCGCAAACGUUAAGCGACAAAAACUCUUAAGGAAGCUUUUUCGUCUUCACAUAUUCAUAUUAUACCUUAAAAAAUCACAAAAUCUCGUUGAAAUUAGUAUUGGGAGAUCCAAGACUCCCUCUUUCCUUAGAAUCCAGACUAUCUGUCUGAAAAUCCUAAAUUCAAGCGUUUAGAGUCCAGGAUGAAAUCAUUUAGAGAUAUGAACUCAAGAAGAACAGUCAUCUCAGGAUUUAAUAAAAGUUGAAUAAAUAUAAAUGUUCCAUUUACC